AUGGCUCGACUACCAGACUACUCUCCGGCAGUGUGUCUGCGCCUGAUCACAGACCUGGCCGAAGGACAAGAUCACCACUGCACGUUGUGCACCUUCUUCCAUGGACGGGAGGGACAUUGCCAGCAUGGCCCAGCAACUCAGCCAUCAAUACGGACAGCCACGCCUUUCACCGAAUGCUCCUUCUACACGGCGCGAAGCGACACAUCAGACAGCGACUUCACAUUAAGCGCGAGAAGCUCAUCAAGCACGAUCAAAGCUCGGAUUCAGAUCUCAACAUCAGACCUGAAACAGCAUCAUCUGAAAAGGAAGACCUCCCCGACUGAAGUCUCCCUUCGAGAUCUGAACCUUCAGCAGGAACAUAACCUCCGCAUCCAACAGUCGGAAGAACAGCUCCAGCGAGUGUAUGAAGAACAGAUUCUAUCCUACCUGAACGCGAAUCAUGGCGAUCUGGGUACCAUCUAUGGACUUUCAGAGUAG